GACAUGCGCAGUGACGACAAGAGACAUCAGACAACAGACGCACGAUAUUUGAAGUUAGACUUAAAGUCUAUGGUUAGAUCCCUGAGUAGGACAUGGCGAUGGGACGCUCUGCCAACUUAUGGGUCUAUUUCUUCCUAAUUUUCUUGAUAUGGACUUUGACUUCAAGCGCUUUAACCGAGGCCCCAAAUGAUGGUUGUGCGGACGGAACCUACCAACACGAAGGUGUAACGUGUUGUCUUUGUGGUCCUGGUCAGAAAGUCCUAAAGCAUUGCACCCGAAACCCAAAUGACGGUGACUGUGGGUUCUGUGAAGAAGGCAAAACAUACAGAGAAGAGCCAACUAGUGAAACGACGUGUGAGCCCUGUGACUCCUGCUCACACCCCAACGCCAAUUUGGAAGUGGUGGAACAAUGUACCACUUCAAGAAAUAGCAAAUGUGGAUGUCAGAAGGACUACUACUGCGACAGUAAGGAGAGCUGUGUGGUCUGUCAUUCCUGUAAGACAUGUGAAUCCACUGGCGUUAAAAUAGCCUGUAAUGGAACCAGCAACACAGUCUGCAAUGACAGCAAAGGUGGAAGUGCAGGAACAAUUGCUGGCAUCAUCAUUCCGAUUCUCAUCAUUCUUGGAGUAAUUGGUGGGAUUUUAUAUUGGAAGAAGAAAAAAGGAAAGACAAACGGCGAGGAUGAACCCGAUAGUGAGGAACUUGAGUAUCUCAACGAAGUGAACAUCGAGCCUCACCUGUCUGACAUCGCACAAGUGCUGGGAUGGAAAGAUAUGCGGUAUAUUGCAAGAAAAAGUGAAAUAUCAAAUACCGUCAUCGAGACUUGUAAGCUAAACCAUCCAAACGACACUGAGGAGAGCACCUUUGAGCUGCUAAAGACAUGGUUAGAGAAGACGGGUAGCUCUGGAUUGAGGUCGCUGGUUCAGAUCCUCCAAAAAUCAGGCAAAAAACAAAAGAAAGAAAGGAUUUUAAAUUUGGUAAGACCUGACGCCAACAACGAGAGUAGCAAUCCUGUUUGAUAAAUGUAUUAUGCAUAGAGUUUGUAGGUAAGGGCAAAGAAAAUCAGUUUCAUUAUGGGACAAAACAUAUAUUAAGCACAGUUUUUGAUGCUGGAAAAUUAAUAAGAAAAUAUGCAAUAGAAAAAUAAUGUGAAUGCCAGUAUAAUUCAAAGCUCAUAGGUGCCAUUUUUUAGUAGUUUCCUGUAUGACCUGCAAUCUAUGCAAUUUAUUCAAUAUCAAUGAAUGAUUUUUUUAAGAACACAAAAUAUUUUGCAUAAAGUUUUAUUUAAAGUAACAUUUUCCAUUUGAAAGGGUUCUUAAAGUUUCUGUUUUCAGUUCUUCCUCCAUCACUAUCAAUCUAUAAACAAGCUUAUUCUACAGGAUGAAUUUAUCAGAAUAUUCUGGCAAAACUAGUACUGUAAAUCAAAGGAUU